UAAUACCCUAUAUACUACUAUACUAGUAACUAAACCACUUUUAAUUACCUUACUUAAAAUAAACUUUGAGAAAAUUAAUUGAAAGCUAAGAAAAGCAUGGGAAGCAAUCAACAAAGAAGAGAGCAAGAUAAUGAAAGUGUUAGGAAGCAAGAAGAAGAUGAGAAGAAGCACAACCACGAACAUGACCACGACCACGACCAUGAUCUUCCAUCGAUGGCACUAAACCAUGUGUCAAGACUAUGUAGAUCAGUGGAAGAUUCAUUGGAGUUUUACACCAAAGUUUUGGGGUUUGUAAAAAUUGAGAGGCCUCAAGCUUUUAAUUUUGACGGGGCUUGGCUUUUUAAUUAUGGUGUUGGUAUUCAUUUGGUUCAGUCCAAGGAUGAAGAUCGUUUGCCUUCGGAUAAGACGGCCUUAGAUCCCAUGGACAACCACAUCUCCUUUCAGUGUGAGGAUAUGGAGGCAAUAGAGCAAAGACUGAAGGAAUACAAUGUCAAGUACAUGAAGAGAACGGUGGAUGACGAAGAGAACAAGACGUCGAUCGAUCAGCUAUUCUUCAAUGAUCCAGACGGAUUUAUGAUAGAGAUGUGUAAUUGUGAGAAUCUAAAGCUUGUACCAGCAGGGUCUAUGGGUAAUAUUAAGCUCCCUUGUGAUCGUCAUAACCCUCCUAUUCAGCUUCGAAAAGAUGAUAAUGGUACAAAUUAGAGACUUAAA